AUGGGCGCCGACAUCACUCUAGAGGUGCAACGGCUGCACAUGACCGAGAUCUAUGGCCCAAAAUUCGUGGACAAGGCGGAGAAGGCACAUGAAAAAGCGCGGGAAUUGAAACACCACAGACAACACGGCGAAGAGCACGACAGGCCUACCGUUGCUGCGGAGGCAAGUGCGCCGCCGGGCGGUUUCGACGAUACUCCGUUCGCGCGGGUGCCUCCCGGCUACACGCUGAAAUUCACAUUUCAUCGAGCCCGCAAUCUGCCCAUCGCCGACUUCAGCACGUUCUCGUCCGAUCCCUACGUCCUCGCUGAGUUGAAGACCAACCUGCCUAAACGACACAAGCAGGACUCCAAUAUCACUUUCCGCACGCCAACGGUGAGGAAGAACGUCAAUCCGGAAUGGGAUGCGGAAUGGAUAGUCGCAAACGUGCCCGAAUCAGGAUUUCAUCUCAAAUGCCGCGUCUUUGACGAGGAUCCGGCGGAUCAUGAUGACCGGCUGGGAAACGCGCAUGUCGUGGUUGAUCACAUAAGCGGGAAUUGGCUAGGGAUCAAGGAGAGCUCUUAUCGUCUGAAGAAGCGCGCCGGGAGCAAACGGGCGUAUGUGGUUAGGACUGUUGUGGCUACCUGCUCUGGCUUUUCACGGGAAUUGGACGCCGAGAUUUAUAUCAGUGUUGAGUGUUUGGGACGGACGCCUGCUGAGAAUGGCCUCCCCAUAUAUACGUUGGGUCCGGUGUAUUGGUUCAAGCAUUUCUCGCCAUUGAUUGGGAGGCUUUUGAAGACGUCUGAUUCAGGGGGAGAUGGGAGAAACGCAAGUGGAAAAAUGAGCCAUUACAACUUCCAAGCAAUCGAAAUCCAGCUCAGGGGCCCAGUUCCCGAUGACUUAUAUCACCGAUAUGUGGAGUUUCGACCAUUUGUGGCAGGCAUGUUCACUUCGCAUACCUUGCGAGGGCGUAUUCUCAAUCGUGCUUUACAUCAUCAGCAUGCGCGGAUCUACAACUACGACCGCAGUACCAUCAACGGGAAUUUCUCUGCUCCGUGUACCGAGCUAACCGAGCUCUUUUUGGAUUUUGUUGACCAUGGUCGAGGUGGCCGUAUUUUCACAUACGUCAUUACACUCGACAGCCAGCUUCGUUUUACAGAGACCGGGAAAGAGUUCGGCAUCGAUCUGUUGAGUAAACAUACUAUGCAUAGCGAUGUGUCGAUUUAUAUUGCAUUUUCGGGCGAAUUCUUCGUACGUCCCAGGAAAAGACAGCAUCGACAGCGACUAUCUAUGUCGACACUGGACAGCCGCCCGAGUCACGAUGUGGGUCGAGAAGCAGAGCCGGAAAUCCUCGAGCAGAUUGCAUGUCAAGAUGAAAACAACAACGACUGUUCUGCCUACGAACUGAUCAUCGACAACGAUAGUGGCACGUAUCGGCCAAACGCUGCCAAACUCCCGCUACUUCGCGAAUUCUUGUCUGCCAACUUCCCGGGUCUCCACAUCACAACGCUUGACUGCCAGAAAGAUGAGGAGCGGAUGAAACGCCUGAAAGAUCGCCGGAGAGCCGAAAGACAGCGUACUCGAGGCCAGGUCUUUUACACGCAGCAGGCCUCUAAUACUUCAGAGUCAUCGCUGUCUAGCUCCGAUGAAGAAGAGCUGCUUGAGCGUGCUGGAGAGCUUAAUGGCGCUAAAGAGCAGCAGCAGCAGCAGCACACGUCCCACGGGCUGUCGGAGAACCUUCACGAUAUCAAGGACGUCAAAGGCAAACUGCAGAAGUGGAUUGGAGCAACAGACGGAACUGGUGAAGGUCACAGCAGUGAGAUAUCAAAUGAAAAGCCCGUUCAAAACGGCGCAUCGCAGGGAGACGCGCCGAAUAACAUCCUCUCAACUGAGGCAUAA